AAACUAGCUUGUUUAAACAAUCAUAUUUUCUAUGAAUAGCCAUCAAUCUUAAGACAAAAGAUAUUGUAUAUAUUGUUUCAACGUCACAUUUCAAUGUCAUCCCUUUAAAGCAGUUGCAAAACGUGCAAGGUCAUUGAAACUAAACGUCAUAGGGACAUUUGCGGUGACACGGCUGGUGUAUAUAUCCAGACGAUAAAGUGUAUUUUCAGUUAUUAUUUGCUUGAAAGGCCAAGUAAAUUGAUUUUCUUUUUACUUAUCAUGAUGUUAGUUUGGUUUUUGGCUUUAUCUUUCCGAAUACCGGCGGCUGUCGCAUUGGACCGACAUUACUUCAUAGCUGCGCUAGAUAUAGAUUGGAAUUACGCCCCGACAGGACAUAAUUUGGUUACAGAUGACAAUAAAAAGUCUAGAGAAAAGAUCGAAACUCGCAAAGACAGAAUUGGCAGUAUCUACAAGAAGGCAAUAUACCGUGGUUACACAGACAAUACUUUUACACAGCCUAUUCCUGUACCUGAAUGGGCAGGUCUUCUCGGGCCACCAAUCAAAGCGGAAGUCGGAGAUAUUGUAUACAUUCACUUUCAAAACAUGGCUACCGGAAGUAACUUCAGCGUUCAUCCGCAUGGUUUCCUUUACAACAAGAUACAUGAAGGAGCACUUUAUAUAGACGGUACAAGUGGAAAUGAAAAGCUAGAGGAUGCGGUGCCUCCUGGCGGUACUGCCACUUACGUAUGGAAAAUUGGCGACGAACACGCGCCGACGAACGAUGAUGAUAAUUGUGCGGCCUACACAUAUCAUUCGCACACACGGGCACCAAAAGAUGUUGACACAGGCCUUGUUGGUGUAGCGGUGCUAUGCAAGAAAGGAACGCUUCAUACUGAUGGGCGACGUAAAGACGUUGACAAGGAAUUUUAUCUUUAUGCAGAUGUAACAGAUGAAAAUAACAGUUGGUAUAGUGAUCAGAAUUUACAUAAAUGUCGAAAUUACACCGCUUGCAAGAGCCUAAAGGACAAGAAGUGCAUGAAGUUCCUGCAAAGCAACAGGAUGCCCCAUAUCAAUGGUUAUGUUUAUGGGAACCUCCGAGACUUCAUAGCUUGUGAGGGAGAAAAAGUGGUGUGGUAUUUCAUGUCUAUUAACCGUGCAACGCAUACAGUACAAGCGCUAGGACAGACCAUGAUUAUUGAAAGGAAACGCACAGACACUGCAGUUUUAUUUCCGGCCAGCGUUUACUCCGGCUAUAUGAUACCAUCCAAUCCAGGGCGAUGGCUGCUCUACUGUAGAAACCUCAAUCAUUACGACGGCGGGAUGUCAAGUUUUCUAACUGUAACCAAAUACUCACCGUCAUGUGCAGGAUUACCGGUCAUUCCUCCAGUAACAAACCCUACUCUGACUCGGACAUAUUUCCUUGCCAUAGAGGAAGUCCUUUGGGACUAUGCACCUGGCUUUGAUAACAACAAAACAAUCGUGGUUUCCAAGUUUCUAAAUCGCGGUAAACAACGGAUUGGGUCUGUUUACAAAAAAGCUAUGUACAUAGAAUAUACCGAUGGGACAUUUACUGUGCAGAAAGCACGUAACAUACGACAUAUGCAUUAUGGUUUGGCUGGUCCACCAAUAAAAGCGCAAGUUGGGGAGCGAGUUAUUGUUGUCGUUUUGAACAAAGCAUCAAGACAUUUCUCUUUCCUUGCUAAUGGUGUGUCAAUGACCAAAGAAAAUGAAGGAGCGUACUACAAAAAUGCGCGGCUCGGUAAACAUAUGAAUGGAGCGAUAAUCAAACCUGGGGCAGUCAGAACUUAUGAAUUUGAUGUGACCAAACAUUCUGCACCAACACCUUGGAAUGAAGACUGCAUCACAUAUAUGUAUCACUCCGCGGUAGAUAUAACUAGAGAUAUUUAUGCAGGCCUCUUUGGUCCUCUCUUAGUUUGUAAACCAGGGACUUUGGCACUUGAUGGAAGUCAGAAUGGUGUUGAUCGAGAAUUCUUUGUAAACUGGAUGGUGAUAGAUGAGAACCUGUCUUGGUAUAUUGAUGACAACAUUGCCAGAUUUACAUCACAGAUGGCGGUGAACAAAACGGAUCAAAAGUUCAAAACAUCUAAUAAGAUAAGAGCAAUUAACGGGCGGACAUUCGGCACCUUGGACGGUUUGCAAAUGUGCACAGGUGAGAAUGUAAAAUGGCAUAUGUAUGGGCUAGGCGGGCAGGUAGAUCACCAUCACUUCAGUUUUGAAGGCAACAAUUUCAAAUUCGACAGCAGGAAUCUAGACACAGCCUCUGUGUUUCCAGGGGUUGGACAUUCUGUAAAUAUGAUACCGGACCAAACAGGACACCUUUUACUACGCGACGGUCAGCUUGGUUUUGAAUCAGAAGGAAUGUAUGCAUGGUACAAUGUACAGUCUUGCAAGAAAAAAAUAACACUAAAUUAUCCGACACAACGUGUAAAACACAGAAGGGGAAUGGUCAGGCGAUAUUACAUUGGCGUCAUUGAACGUAGUUGGGACUACGCAGAGGCAAAGAUAGAUCCAAUCGAUGGGUCUGACCUUCUAAACCCGAAACAUAAAGGAUACACAUAUGUUCGCAGUGACCCGCCGUUUUUAGGCUCUGUAUACCAUAAAGCGAUGUACGUGGAAUUUACUGAUAACACGUUUUUAAAAAUGAAACAACGAACCCCUGAAGAGAGGCAUUUAGGGCUGCUUGGUCCAUUUAUCCGUGGUAAUGCCGGAGACACCAUUGAAAUUGUUUUGAAAAACUUUGCAUCUCAUCCCUACAAUAUUGUUCCGAGAAAUGUGAUAUUUAAUGACGGUUCUCCAAUAACAAAUGCUCCGUUGACAAUGCCUGGAGAGACACGAGUGUACGCAUAUGUUAUCCCAAAGAGGUCUGGUCCUACCUUGAAUCAGCCGAACUGUGUUGGCUCCCUCUACGUAUCUAGAGUAGCGCCCUUAAACGAUACCCAUAGUGGGCUGGUUGGACCUUUCGUUGUAUGUAAGCCUGGUACUCUGGACACUUUUGGACGAAGAACAGACAAUAUCAAGAAAGAAUUUGCAACUGGAUAUAUUAUUUUUGAUGAAAGCAAAAGCAAUUACAGAAACCUUAAUUUUGGUUUAAUUACGCCAAACUCUUUGAAAAACCCAGACUUUAUCGAAAGCAAUCUGUAUCAUUCGAUAAAUGGAUAUAUAUAUGGAAACCUUAAAGGACUUAUAUUUAGUGAAGGAGAACACUCGGCCUGGUAUGUCUUUGGUCUUGGAUCAGUUCAGGAUAUACAUACAGUACAUUAUCAUGGCCAGUUGUACCUGCGUAAAACAUCUUUAAGCCUAAAACGUGAUGUUUUAGAAGUAUUUGCAGGAACAUAUGAAACUGUGGAAAUGAUUGGAUAUAAUCCUGGGACCUGGCUAUUCCAUUGCCACGUAGCUCCUCAUGCAAUGGAAGGAAUGGAAGCAUCUUAUACAGUUUUACCUCAAAAUGGGCAACUUGAACCAGGACAAGGAAGAUAUAUACAAGGGUAUGGACAACGUUCACGUUUUGUUCAACGUGGGCAUCGGGGGUGUUGUGGACAUCAACACUCAGGACGUAGGUUGCGAGUCAGGUCUAGGAGAAGACAGAGACGAAGAUGGCGUAAUUAAGGAAUUAAAAAGAACCGCUUUUACUAAUUAAUUUAUUGGAUAUGAACUAUGUUUUUGUACCUUUUUGAAUUUAUUGUACUUGCACCGUAACUGUAAUAUCAAUAAAAUGCAUUCAUCAAAUGUCUUCGCAAGUCUAACUAUGCCUAGUUGUUUGAAUGAAGAUUUGUAAUUUGGGAAUUUUUGAGGUAUUUCAUUCAUUGUAUGUUUGCCUGUAUUAAAUACGAAACGCGCUUCAAGCUGAAGUUGUUUCUUUUUUUUGUACCCAGAUUGAAAGUCUGCAUAUUUAAAAUGCAAGUGCAAAGACUUGUUAUUGCGGCAAGACUAUACAGACAUUAUGAAACAGCAUUUAGACAAACUAUUUACAAGAUUUAGCCAUUUUAACAAGACUAGAACUUUUAUUUCUGGCCUCGCUUUCCACCACACUAUUCUUAAGUUCAGGUUUUCACUCCUCAGUUUAUGUUCUAACAGUCUGGCACGCAGUCCUGUCUGUAACACUCGUGAGAGGGGUCGGCGAUAAACAAAAGUACACAGAUAGAUAGAUAGAUAGAUAGAUAGAUAUUAUUUAUUUCUAGUUAAUUACUUAUUUAAACUAAGUUUAUUAAAAAAAUAACAUUUUUUCUAAAUGUUUUAUAAGAAAUGGUUCAUACUUAACAAAGUGCAUAGAAGCGCUCGGAUCUUUAUCAUAGAUAGACAGAUUUUUAAUUUAAAACGGGUAGAUAUCAUAUAUUUUUUGAAAAAGCAUUAGACAGAUCAUUCGUGUUAAAAUAUUUGGAGUCCAGUAGAAAUAUGUCUCGGAUUUGAGAGCACUUUCCAAACAAUUCAUGUUAGUUUAAAUACUUUACAUUAUAAAAAAUAGCUCGACUAUGUCAGACAAACACUGGUUGUAAAUGAACUAUGAGAUAUAUGACCUUUUAUGAUGUUUCAUAGUAAUAAUGCGAUUUAUAUUAUUAAAUAUGGGUUAAUUAUUAUGGUCAAAUUAGUAUUUUGUUUGAAUGUUGAUAUUAUUUCCUUUGAAUAUGUAUACAUAAAGUUUGACUUGUUUACUAAAUAAAUAUCUAUCUAUUUAGAUAUGUAAUAAAAUCAAUUUUUCUUAUCGUGUCCAUAGUUUUCCUGCAGUACGUGAACGAAACGAAUGUCGCAGUAUAAAAAACUACACAUGAUCAGGUAUCAUGAGUUUUCGGACGUUACAAAAUUGUUAUAAAAUUACAUGUGUUUAAUAGAUGUGUUAUAUUAAAUUCUAAAAACUCAAACUCA